AUGGCCAGUGAUUUGCGAACAUUGUUGAAGCGUGAACGCUUGCUUCAGCAAAAGGUGGCUAUCGUGGAGAAGUUUGUGAUAGCAUUUGACAAGGAUCGUGACGAGUGUGAAGUAGAAGUGCGACUUAAUGGCCUAGAAGAAGUGUAUGUGGAGUUUUUCGUGCUACGUGAGAAGAUUGAGUUGCUGAUGGAGGAUGAAGGGGACGAUGGAGACGACAUCGAUCCUGCUGAGAAGGAUGCAACUAACCGUGAACAACAGAAUUUUCUUGCCGCCGAAAACUUCGAAAACCGCUACUGCAAGUUGAAAGUUGCCCUGUUGAAACUGCUUCCACCAAAGGAUCCACCCCAGCGCAGCAGUGGAACCCCUGCUGAGCAAGCCACUACUCAUUCCAAGGUGAAGUUGCCGGAAAUAAGCUUACCUGUGUUUAGUGGAAAACUAGGAGAGUGGGUGAUGUUCCGUGAUACUUUCCGCAGCCUAAUCCAUCAAAACGGGCAGUUGAAUCCGAUGGAUAAAUUUACCUACCUGAGGACGUCGCUUACGGGAGAUGCUCUGAAGGAAAUCAACACCAUCGAACUCUCGGCUGCCAACUAUGAGGUUGCGUGGAAGGUUCUCCAAGAACGCUAUGAAAACAAGAAGCUGAUCGUUAAAGCGUAUUUGGAUGCGCUGUUUUCACUGGAGCCACUCAAGAAGGAGUCGUACGACGGACUGAAUCACCUCGUCAGCGAGUUCGAAAAGAACUUGCAGAUGUUGGACAAGGUAGGCGAGCAAACAGCCCAGUGGAGUACUAUUCUCGCCUACAUGCUUUGUGCCCGGAUGGAUACAGCGACGUUGCGUUUAUGGGAAGCGCACCAUAAUUCCAAAAACGUGCCGAAAUACCAGGAUUUGGUAACUUUCCUUCGCAAUCAGUGUUCCGUCCUGCAGUCAAUAGCUCCGUCGAAGUCUACCAGUUCCGAUCAACGCCAGUCGAAGAUUGCUGUGUGCCACGCUGUGGUGAAGAUGUCCAACAAAUGUCCAUUUUGUGGCGAGUCUUGGCAUUCUCCAUUUCACUGUACCAAGUUCCAGAAAAUGAAGGUCACGGAGCGCAACGAAGCGGUGAUGAAGAGCAAGCUGUGUCGGAACUGCCUGCAACCUGGUCAUUUCUCUAGGACGUGCGAUAAAGGUGUCUGUCACCACUGCCGGCAGAAACACCACACCAUGCUGCACUUCACCCCGGUAAGAUCCUCCGUUCCACCCGCGCAGACGAGAAAUCAAGAAGCCAGCCCACAACAACGUCAACCACAAUCAAACCCACAGCAACCGAACCAACAAGCACACACUCAGUCAAACAAUGCACCCACACACACUGCCAACUCACAAAUUAAUAGACCACAGCCAAGCACAAGUCAAGCAAACACAAGCCACAACUACGUUGCACUACCCAAGACACCUACCCACAAUAUUCUUUUGUCAACGGCACUCGUACGAGUCAAAGACCGUUUUGGAAACAUUAUGCUCGCUCGAGCUUUGUUGGAUUCUUGCUCCCAACAUUGUCUCAUGACUAAGGAGUUCUUGAACAAGCUCAAGUUCCGAGUCUCCCCCACAUUCUUAUCAGUGCAAGGCAUUGGGUCUGCACAGAGUGUGUCUACCAAGCGAGUGAGCGCAGAAGUUUCUCCAAGGUCGCGAAUGAUUUCUCCGUUCGAAGAAGAGAUGCAGUUUUUCGUCUUGCCGAAGCUGACUGUUUCGCUGCCGACCUCCAGUUUCAACCCAUCGGAAUGGAACCUUCCUGAGUCGACGUUCAUGGCGGAUCCAGACUUCUACGAAUCUGGGCCGGUGGAUGUGAUAAUCGGGGCGGAGUACUACCUGGACUUGUUGGCCGAUGGACGGCUGAAAGCGACGGAGAGUGGACCUACACUGCAGAACACUGUUUUCGGCUGGAUCGUUUCUGGUCGAGUUCCGCAUAUCCCAAUCAGCGAACCACGUUCCGUAGUCAACGUUUGUUCUACAACGGAGUUGCAAGACCAGCUAACUAAAUUCUGGGAGAUUGAAACCUGUCGUACGGUCAGCAAUCAUUCCGUGGAAGAAUAUGCUUGCGAGGAGAUUUUUGCGAAGACGACAGUGCGCCACGAAACUGGGCGAUUCAUCGUUACACUACCGAAGAAGGAUUAUCUCGUUGAGAGGCUAGGCGAAUCAAGAUCCAUUGCCAUUCGACGACUGAACAGCUUGGAGCGGCGAUUGUCGGUGAACCCCGAAUUGCGAACACAAUACCCCGACUUCAUCCAAGAAUACCUGGAUAUGGGUCACAUGGUGGAGGUUUCUGAGGACUGUGAAGGAGUUGCAUACUACAUGCCUCAUCAUGCUGUCCUGAAGCCAGAGAGCACAACAACCAAACUACGAGUUGUGUUUGACGCUUCGUGCAAGACCUCAACAGGAGUGUCGCUCAACGAGGCAUUGAUGGUCGGUCCCGUAGUGCAAGAUGAGCUAAUCAACAUAAAUCUCCGAUUCCGUCUUCAUCGUUAUGCUGUCGUUGCGGAUGUGGCGAAAAUGUAUCGCAUGAUAACUGUUUCUGGUCCUGAUCGAAAACUGCAGAGGAUCGUGUGGAAGGGCAACACCGACCAAGAAAUUCGAACGUUCGAGUUGGCGACAGUGACGUAUGGAACAGCGUCCGCACCAUAUCUCGCUACUAGGUGUCUGGUGCAAUUAGCAGAAGAGGAAAAGGAAUCCCAUCCCAUGGCAGCAGCCGUUCUGAAGGAAGACUUCUACGUCGAUGACAUGCUGUCAGGAGUCGACGAGAUAGAUGAAGGAAAGCAGUUUGUCGAAGAAAUGGUGGAUUUGAUGCAGUCUGGUGGUUUUACAUUCAAGCGUUUCCACUGUGAAAACGCUAGGGCUACAGUGGGAACCACGAACAGAUGCUUCAGCACUCCGAAGUGGAACGAGUCAGAUGCUGUAACCAAGCGGACAGUUUUGUCGGAUAUCUCCCGUUUGUUCGAUCCGUUGGGAUUGAUCGGUCCAGUCAUCGUUCAAGCAAAGCUGUUCGUACAGGAGCUCUGGGAGCGUGAAUGCAGCUGGGACACUCCAUUAAGCGAAGAGUUGAAGGAAAGAUGGCUAGAGUACCGCAGAAACAUGAUCGGCUUGGACGGAAUCACGGUUCCACGUUGGAUUGGAGUCACAAAGUCACUGGAAUCCGUCGAACUACAUGGGUUCUGUGAUGCUUCACGAAAGGCAUACGGCGCGUGCAUUUAUAUCCGAACCGUUGCAAAUGAUGGUACCGUAGACGUACGGUUGCUUACAGCGAAAUCUCGAGUUGCUCCACUAGAGAAUCUCAAGAAGAAGAAGAAGUCACUCUCCACUCCACGACUCGAGCUUUCCUCGGCACUGUUACUCGCACAUCUCUACGAGAAGGUUAUCGACAGCAUCCACAUGACCGUGGAAUCGCAUUUCUGGACAGAUUCGACGAUUGUGAAAUACUGGCUGGCGUCAGUUCCCUCCAGAUGGAAAGAAUUCGUCAGCAACCGUGUAUCGGAGAUCCAGCACGUCACCAAGGCCGGGACCUGGAAUCACGUUCCCGGAACAGAGAACCCAGCAGACAUCAUUUCUCGGGGCAUGGCACCCCCACAGCUACAGUACGAGUCCCUCUGGUGGCAUGGACCUCACUGGCUACUCCAAGACCGAGCAAACUGGCCAAAUUCUGAACCGGACACAAGUCAACUUCAGCCGUCGAUUCUGGAGGAAAAGGGAGCUAUUUCGGCACUGUUGCCCAGCGCGGAGCCUAGCGAAAUCUUCAGUCGUCGGUCAUCACUAACAGAUCUUGUGACGCUGGUAGCCUUCCUGCAACGGUUCUGCUUCAAUGCGAGAGCCACAAAUCGGGAGCGUCGCAAGCAAGCUCAUCUUACGCUCGCCGAACGUGACGCAGCGCUUCGUUUGCUAGUUUGCCUCGCCCAGAACGAAUCCUUUCCGCAAGAAUACGCCGAAUUGUCACGUGGUCGUACGGUUCAAGGUUCCUCCCGUAUCGCUUCACUGAAUCCCAAGAUGGUAGAUGGCAUUAUUUGCGUCGGCGGCCGGUUGCGGAACGCCAAGGUUCCUGCAGGCCGAAAACACCCAUAUGUCAUUGAUCAUCGUCAUCCGUUCACCACGCUCGUCAUGGCUGAAUACCAUCAGAAUCUGUUCCACGCGGGCCAACAACUACUAGUGUCGUCUGUUCGUGGAAAAUACUGGCCGACAAAUGCUCGCAAUGUAGCUCGAAAGGUUAUCCACGACUGUGUUCGCUGCUUCCGUGUCAAACCGAAGAUUCACGAGCAACUGAUGGCGGAUCUUCCGUCAGAGAGGGUUACACCUUGUAGUCCCUUCCAACGCGUCGGCAUUGAUCUGUGUGGACCAUUCCAAAUGAAAUAUCCUCAGCGUUCUGCCCGUCCCGUGAAAUGCUUUGUCGUCGUUUUCGUCUGCCUGGUAACGAAGGCAGCCCACCUGGAAUUGGUAGCUGAUCAAACGUCUCAGGCAUUCCUAGCUUCCCUCAGACGUUUCACGUCACGACGCGGAAGACCGUCUCUCAUCAUGUGUGACAACGGCAGAAAUUUCAUCGGGGCCAAUCGAGAGUUGACAGAACUGAAGAAGCUCUUCAUCGACCAGCAGUUCCAGAACACCGUGGUCAGAGAAACAGCGAACGACAAUAUAGAGUUUCGUUUCAUCCCCGCCCGCUCCCCAAACUUCGGAGGAUUGUGGGAGAGCGCAGUGAAGUCCUUCAAAACACUGUUGAAACGAACCAUCGGGGCAAGAACCCUGCAGUACGACGAGUUCCAGACACUGCUCACGCAGAUUGAGGCAGUUCUAAACUCUCGCCCGCUCACUCCGGUUAGCAACGACCCCAGUGACUACGAGGCUCUAACACCGGGUCAUUUCCUCAUCCAACGUCCGUUGGCAGCGAUUCCGGAGCCGAACCUUGAUGGCUUACCGGAAAACCGAUUGUCUGCAUGGCAAACCGUGCAGCAUUUUGUGCAACUCUUGUGGAGGAAAUGGUCCACUCAAUAUUUAUCCAACCUGCAUAACCGCACGAAGUGGACCAAGAAGCGAGACAACGUGAAGGUCGGAACGAUGGUGGUGUUGAAGGACGAGAAUCAGCCACCGUUGAGUUGGCUUCUGGGUCGAAUAACCGAGGUACACACUGGAGCAGACGGAAAUAUUCGGGUAGUGACUGUUCGAACGAAGGAUGGCAGCUACAAACGAGCAAUCUCGAAGGUCUGCAUCCUUCCAAUCAGCGACAAUUUCCAAUCGUCAGCAGGGGAGAACCAGGACUCCUCCACCGGCGGAGGUCGAAAGGCCUCCGCAGACCAGUUAACCACAUUCCGUCCUCGUUUCCAGUCCAAGAAACGAUGGAAGUCAGUCACUAUUCAAUCCGGUCUCUCCAAUUAUCGAGCACCGCCGACGGUGGCCACAGGGGCCCCGUCUUGUCAUCAUCGAAGACGAACCACCACCACGGAGAGCAACCGAGUACACAAACCAUCCAAAGGUUCAACGUACCGCGUCAGCAUCCACGCGUACAGAGCAUCUACCAACCGAAGAGUCACUAUCCACAAACCUACAACGAAGAAGAUCCCAAUUAAGCUCGAUGAAGCACAGCAGCGAGAAAGAUCCAGCAUCCAGGUCCAGAGCAAAUCCAUCCCACGUCCAUCAUGA